UCAUACUUUGAUUGUGCGACGAGUGCUAAAUUCGUUGUUUUCGUAAAAAAAAAAACAUCUGAAAAUGCCCUGAUCAUCAAAUCCCUUUAAAUUAAAAUAUAACAUCAUGUCCUGUAUAAAUGAGCCAGUGCUAAAUAUCAUAGUUGUGGGGUUUCACCAUAAAAAAGGCUGCCAGGUGGAGCAUUGCUACCCCGAGUUGGUUCCUGGCCGGCCCACUGAGCUGCCCUUGGCAUGGCGGCAUCUUCCAGCCUUAGCAUUGCCUGACGGUUCUCAUAAUUACCUAUCCGAUACUAUAUUUUUCCACCUACCAGGGCUUACUGAGCCAGCCCAUACUGUGUAUGCAAUAUCCUGUUUCCGGCAAAUCCCGAUAGAGCAAGUUGUACAAAAAACAGAGGACAUGACGAGAAGUUCAGUUCAAAAGAGUGUCUGUGUGGUGUGCCAGUCCCCCCUGUUCGGGCGGCUUGCGGUGAAGAUGGAACUAGUAGUGCGAGCAUGGUUCCUGCAGGGAGACUUCUCACAGACCAAGCUUCUAGAGGAUGCUUACAAGCACCUCAACAACUGCCCUGUUCAGAUUGAUCAAACUCUAGAAGGUUUAUCAGUCCUUCGGCUAGUGGAGUCGUGGCGGCACAAGGCGCUGCUUCUGUUCAAGCUGCUGCUGCUCCGACGGCGGGUGCUGGUGUACGGGUCGCCGGCCGGGCCGCUGUCCGCCGCGCUGCUGACGCUGGUGUCGCUGCUGCCGCGCUGCCUCGAGCACGGGCUCGGCAAGGCCGCCAACGUCGUAUUAUCCAGGCCAUUAUCUCCCAUUCCUAUGGCCCCAGAUAACAAGUCGGAAGACGUUGACACCGCAACCGACAUCGUGAACGAGCCGUACGUAAACGGUUCUCAAAUAGAUGACGAACUUACGCCUAAAGAAUCAGGAAAUUUAUUGGAAGAAAAGGACCGGGUUAGCCGACAGAGCUUUGAUGAGACGCUACUAGCAGAUGUUGAUAGACAAGACUUAGCUAGCAGAGAAAAAUGUCACAGCGUUGGAGAAAAAUAUAAAACACAAAAACCACUAGUUGAAGCCCAACAAAGCCCAACCAUGGCUAGAGAUAUGAGCGUAGAUGGCUUGUACAAUUUAACCAGCCAGAUUGACCAAGCAGAGUGCGGCUUCCCAUUAUCGCUUUUUGAGGAUGGCUACCUAUGUUUACCGUACUUAUCUUUACAGUACUUAGACCUUUUGUCAGACCCGGCCGUUCAGGGUUUCGUAGUGGGUGCAUCUAAUGUUUUAUUUAAGCAAAAACGCCAACUAUUCGAUGUCCUUGUAGAACUGAAUGAGAUGAGGAUAGAAACAGGGGAUUUGAUGUUGCGGAGACAGCUGGCCCUCGGGACGGAAGACUUGAGGUUCGCCGAUCACGUGGUGCGGCACGGCGCUUCGCAGGGCGACGCGUGGAUACGAGACCAAUUUGCCAGCUACUUAAUUUAUCUUUUAAGGACAUCUUUAUUACCAGAGGGUAGCCGAGAAAUCGACCCGUACAAUGCUCAAUUCAUGGCGGCGUUCAAAGCCACACCUGCGUACCAGCAGUGGCUGAAGACGACUAACAAUGGUGACAUCGAGGCGUUCGCUAACCUGGCGCCGAUUCAUCCGUUCGCCGGGCAGCUAUCCGUGGCUGAUAUGAAGCUGAAAAUAGCUCACACGAUGUCGACAAGCGAGGGCGGGCGCAAGGUGACGGCGGCGGUGGCGAGCACGGGGCGCGCCGUGGCCACGACGUCGCGCGCGGUGGGCGGCGCGCUGUCGCAGGCGCGCGGCGCGCUGUCCGGCUGGUGGAGCGCGCUCACCGCGCCGCCGCCGGACGACGCCGACGCCGAGGAGGCCCGGCCCGACGACAACAGGGCGGAGGAGCGCGCCCACACGCCCGACCCGCCCGAUAAAUCUAUAGAGGACACUUCUACUUCCCUUAACAAAAUACAGGUCAUAUAAUCGCACGCGUUUGGGAGUCGUUCUCGGAAAAUAUGUUUGAUUUGCGGUUGCGUCUAAUUGCAAUGACUCUUUUCAUCAUUUUGUGGCAAUCGGUCGAAAUACUUUCCAGAUAGUGCGAAUGUAGUUUGCCCUGUCUAGCGAUUCCCCAGGCCUAAAACGAUGUCAAAUAUCGUAUUUCUAGAGAAUGACCGUUGUGCGCGAUGCGAUUAUCACUUCAUAGUAUUCUAGAUAUCGAAAUUAGGUCUAUUGUAAAUAUACUUCCGUGUAGUAUGUUCCUUAGUGAUGUAUCUGGCCGUCGAAUUGUAGCGAUGGUGGCCAUUAGAUUUUUUUACAGUGAUAACUUGUUUAUUUAUAUUCGAGGACAUUAAUCGUAGAUAAAAGAGUAAGCAGACUAUUUGAUCGAAGAAAUAAAUGGCAGCUUCUUUUCUAGGUCUUCAUUAUAUGAAUUGAUGUCUAUCAUUGUUUUCAAUGUAUGAUUUAUUUGAAAAUGAUAUGUAUAUUUUUUGCUUGUUGUAUUUAAGCAUAUUUUUUCGCUCGAAUAGCUGCUUUCCUUGUAAGCGCAAUGUGAUUUCCAAGUACGCACGAAAAUUCUUGCACGAUUUUAUCUCGUGAAAAAGUUCAAAGAAAAACUCAAUCAGUAAUUAUUACAUUAUAGGCUUCAAAUAUUUAUCGAUUUGUAUUCAAUCAAAAAUCUAAAAAAUACUUUGAAUAUUCAUGUCAUGUAUCACGAUAAGAAGUUCUCUGGAGUUUAUAUUUGCAUUGACUAUUAAAAUUGAUAUAUUUUGAAAUAUCUUUAUCUUGGUACAGGUAUUGUAAAAAUGACGAUAAUAAUUACUGAGUACUUCAACUUUGAUACGAUUUGUGAUCUCUAAAAACACUGAUAGUUUUAGUAUGUUGUUGAUAUCAUGAUAGAUUAAUUUAUUAUUUUAGUCGUCAGUGUGGAAUACUGUUAAAGUGAAAUCGAAAUAAAUAUUAUUAAGAUGCUAUUUCUUAAACAGUUUUUUUUUGCUUGUCGUUAUUUAUUUAUAUUAUAAUCAAAGAAAUCAGCAAGGAGGCUCUCUAUGUACUCAUUAAAAUAAAAUCCCUAAAGCGGGAUUUAUUCUGUUACUUAUUAUUCCCUGACUAAUUAUAUUUAUAGUAUUUUAUUUUGAUGUAUGAUUUCAGGUUGUAUACAUUUGCAAAAAUCGCAUACCUACCUAACUGUUUUAUAGCUGUGACACGUUAAUAUAAAAUUAAAUUAUUUAA